AUGUGUGACGUCUGUCACAGCAGGCCUGUACUCAUCCGCCCUAGUGAUCGACCCCUGCUGUCUCUCUAUCCUCCUCGACGUCCAUACUCUGCCCUUCUUCUUCUGUCGCCCCGUCAGUUAACACUAGACCUCAACAACACCGCGAACUCACUGGCCGACAGGCACGACAGGCAAUUGAGCCAGUGUCUGGGCUCAUCCGACCAAGUGGGUCUGUUUCUCUCCCUCUUUCGUUUUCCCCCUCUACUCUCUCCCCUCUUCCGUACUCUUACUCUUUCUCUCUCUCUAUCUCUCUCUCUCUCCCACUGUCGUCUGGGUGAGGUUGACUAG